GCCACUUCCUGUACGGCAGGAUGGAGCGCGCCGGGGCCGCGGCUGACCGCCGCCCGCCCGCCCGUGCGCGGAGGCGGCUGUGAGCUCCCGCUCCGCGGCAUGCCGCCCGCCUGAGCGCCCCGAGCCGCCCGCCCCGCGCUGCGCCGCGCGGGGUCCCCGCGCUCUCCGGCGCGCCGCCGCCCGCCUGCCCCGCGGCCGUGGGCUUCUCUCCGCGCUGAGGAGGCGAGCAGCAGCAGCAGCCCCCCGCUUCCUCCCGCAGGAUCGCGGGGCGCGGGUUGAAACUUAUUUUCAACAAGUUUUUUUUUUGUUUUGGUUUUUUUUUUUUUUUGGUUCUUACCCCCCUCCUUUUUUUUUUUUUUUUUCCCCUUUAUUUCUUUUUAUUUCCGUGUGCGUUAAUUGUUUUAGCCCCUCUCCCCUCUUUCGAUGUGCGGCUUUGGACAUGCGGAGGCUACUGCAACCGUGUUGGUGGAUCUUUUUCUUGAAAAUCACCAGCUCCGUGCUCCAUGAUGUGGUGUGCUUCCCCGCUCUGACUGAAGGUUAUGUUGGCUCUCUGCAUGAAAGCAGACAUGGUAGUUCUGUGCAGAUACGGAGGCGAAAGGCUUCGGGGGAUCCUUACUGGGCAUACUCGGGUACCUAUGGUCCCGAGCACUGGGUUACUUCCAGCGAGAAGUGCGGGGGGUCCCACCAGUCUCCCAUAGACAUCGUGGACCAUCAGGCUCAUGUUGGAGAUGAGUAUCAAGAACUGCAGCUCGAUGGUUUUGACAAUGAAUCUUCUAACAAGACUUGGAUGAAAAACACAGGAAAAACGGUUGCUAUCCUGCUCAAGGACGAUUACUUUGUCAGUGGCGCCGGGUUGCCAGGCAGAUUCAAGGCAGAGAAGGUGGAGUUCCACUGGGGUCAGAGCAAUGGAUCAGCAGGCUCUGAGCACAGCAUCAAUGGCAAGAGGUUCCCCGUUGAGAUGCAGAUUUACUUCUACAAUCCCGAUGACUUUGACAGUUUUGGAACAGCAGUUCUAGAAAACAGGGAAGUAGGAGCCAUGGCCGUGUUUUUUCAAGUCAGUCAGAGGGACAAUUCUGCACUGGAUCCCAUUAUCCGUGGGUUGAAGGGCGUCGUACAUCAUGAGAAAGAGACCUUCCUGGAUCCCUUUGUGCUGAGGGACCUGCUGCCAACGUCGCUGGGGAGUUACUACCGCUACACAGGUUCCCUGACCACCCCUCCCUGCAGUGAGAUUGUGGAGUGGAUCGUCUUCCGGAAGCCCGUUCCCAUUUCUUACCAUCAGCUGGAAGCUUUCUAUUCCAUAUUCACCACCGAGCAACAAGACCAUGUCAAGUCCGUGGAGUACCUGAGGAAUAACUUCCGACCACAGCAAAGACUGAACAACAGGAAGGUGUCUAAGUCUGCUGUGAAGGAUGCGUGGAGCCAAGAUAUGACAGACAUCUUGGAAAAUCCACUGGGCACAGAAGCUUCCAAAGCUUGCAGCACUCCCCCAGUCAACAUGAAGGUGCAGCCUGUGAACAGGACAGCGUUGCUUGUAACCUGGAACCAACCAGAAACCAUCUACCACCCUCCAAUCAUGAACUACAUGAUCUCCUACAGUUGGACUAAAAAUGAAGAUGAAAAGGAGAAGACUUUCACCAAGGACAGUGACAAGGACCUGAAGGCCAUCAUUAGCCAUGUCUCACCUGACAUCCUUUAUCUGUUCAGAGUUCAAGCAGUUUGCCGAAAUGAAAUGCGUAGUGACUUUAGCCAGACUAUGCUCUUUCAAGCUAACACUACUCGAAUUUUCGAGGGGACCAGAAUUGUGAAAACAGGAGUGCCCACAGCCUCUCCUGCCUCCUCAGCCGACAUGGCUCCCAUCAGUUCCGGCUCCUCCACUUGGACCUCCUCGGGGCUCCCCUUCUCCUUUGUGUCCAUGGCCACAGGGAUGGGGCCUUCCUCCAGUGGCAGCCAGGCCACCGUGGCCUCAGUGGUGACCAGCACCUUGCUGGCAGGGCUGGGCUUCAGCGGCAGCAGCAUCUCCUCCUUCCCCAGCAGCGUGUGGCCCACCAGGCUCCCCACGGCAGCUGCCCCCACCAAGCAGGCCGGGCGGCCUGUGGUAGCCACCACCGAGCCCGCUGCUGCCUCCCCAGGGCCAGAGCGGGACUCGGCACUGACAAAGGAUGGCGAGGGAGCCGAGGAGGGGGAAAAGGAUGAAAAGAGUGAAAGUGAGGAUGGAGAAAGAGAGCAUGAGGAAGAAGAUGAAAAGGAGGCUGAGAAGAAGGAGAAAAGCAGGGCAACAGCUGCGGCGGAGGCACGCAAUAGCACAGAGCCCAGCGUGGCCACGGCUUCACCCAACUGGACUGCUGAGGAGGAAGGAAAUAAAACUGUAUCGGGUGAAGAGCCGAACCAAAAUGUUGUUCCCAAGGCUGGACAUCCUGAGGAGGAGAGUUUUACUGAAGCGGACACUCAGCCCCAGCCUCUCCCUUCCACCCAAGUGCCGCCAGCGUUCACUGAUGAACUUUACCUGGAGAAGAUCCCAAGAAGACCAGAGACAACAAGAAAACCUCUCCCAAAGGACAACAGGUUUCUAGAGGAAUACCCCUCAGAUAACAAAUUCAUCACCAUUAACCCAGCUGACAAGAACAGUUCCAGCAUGGCCACAAGACCUUCUCCUGGUAAAAUGGAAUGGAUCAUCCCUCUUAUUGUGGUCUCAGCACUGACCUUUGUGUGCCUCAUUCUUCUCAUUGCUGUGCUUGUCUACUGGAGAAAGUGUUUUCAGACUGCCCAUUUCUAUGUGGAAGACAGCAGCUCACCCCGCGUGGUCCCCAAUGAAAGUAUUCCCAUCAUACCUAUUCCAGAUGAUAUGGAAGCAAUUCCAGUCAAGCAGUUCGUUAAACACAUCAGUGAGCUGUAUUCUAAUAACCAGCAUGGGUUCUCAGAAGACUUUGAGGAAGUGCAGCGCUGUACAGCCGACAUGAACAUCACUGCAGAGCACUCCAACCACCCCGACAACAAGCACAAGAACAGAUACAUCAACAUCCUAGCAUAUGAUCACAGUAGGGUGAAGCUGAGGCCUUUACCAGGAAAAGAUUCUAAGCACAGUGACUACAUUAAUGCUAAUUAUGUUGAUGGUUACAACAAAGCAAAAGCCUACAUUGCUACCCAGGGACCUUUAAAGUCUACCUUUGAAGAUUUCUGGAGGAUGAUUUGGGAACAAAAUACUGGAAUCAUUGUCAUGAUCACAAACCUUGUUGAAAAAGGAAGAAGAAAAUGCGAUCAGUACUGGCCGACAGAGAAUAGCGAGGAGUAUGGCAACAUAAUAGUCACGCUGAAGAGCACAAACAUUCAUGCCUGCUACACUGUGCGCCGCUUCACGGUCAGGAACACAAAGAUGAAAAAGGGUCAGAAAGGAAACCCAAAAGGGCGCCAGAACGAGAGAACAGUUAUUCAGUAUCACUACACUCAGUGGCCUGACAUGGGUGUGCCAGAGUAUGCCCUUCCUGUGCUGACCUUUGUUAGGAGAUCAUCUGCAGCCAGAACCCCGGACAUGGGACCAGUGGUUGUGCACUGCAGUGCUGGUGUUGGCAGAACUGGUACCUACAUUGUGAUUGACAGUAUGCUGCAACAGAUAAAAGACAAAAGCACAGUUAAUGUCCUGGGUUUCCUGAAGCAUAUCAGGACACAGCGCAACUACCUCGUCCAGACAGAGGAGCAGUACAUUUUUAUUCAUGAUGCCUUGUUGGAAGCCAUUCUUGGGAAGGAGACUGAAGUAUCUGCAAACCAGCUGCAUAGUUACGUUAACAGCAUCCUCAUACCUGGCAUAGGGGGAAAGACACGAUUAGAAAAACAGUUCAAGCUGGUUACACAGUGUAAUGCAAAAUAUGUGGAAUGCUUCAGUGCUCAGAAAGACUGCAACAAAGAGAAGAACAGGAACUCAUCAGUCGUGCCAUCUGAGCGUGCUAGAGUGGGCUUGGCACCACUGCCUGGAAUGAAGGGAACUGAUUACAUUAAUGCCUCUUAUAUCAUGGGCUACUACAGGAGUAACGAGUUCAUCAUAACCCAACAUCCGCUGCCACACACAACUAAAGAUUUCUGGCGAAUGAUCUGGGAUCACAAUGCACAGAUCAUCGUCAUGCUGCCAGACAACCAGAGCCUGGCAGAAGAUGAGUUUGUGUACUGGCCAAGUCGUGAGGAAUCUAUGAACUGUGAGGCCUUUACUGUGACCCUUAUCAGCAAAGACAGACUGUGCCUCUCUAACGAAGAGCAAAUUAUCAUCCAUGACUUUAUCCUUGAAGCUACCCAGGAUGACUACGUUCUGGAAGUCCGCCACUUUCAGUGUCCUAAAUGGCCAAACCCAGAUGCUCCCAUAAGCAGUACCUUUGAACUUAUCAAUGUAAUUAAGGAAGAGGCCUUAACAAGGGAUGGCCCCACCAUAGUUCAUGAUGAGUAUGGAGCUGUGUCAGCGGGAACGCUAUGUGCCCUUACCACUCUGUCCCAGCAGCUGGAGAAUGAAAAUGCUGUUGAUGUUUUCCAGGUGGCAAAGAUGAUAAAUCUUAUGCGGCCCGGAGUAUUUACAGACAUUGAGCAGUACCAGUUUCUUUAUAAGGCAAUGCUGAGCUUGGUCAGCACUAAGGAGAAUGGAAAUGGUCCCAUGACACUGGACAAAAACGGUGCUGUGAUGGCCAGUGAUGAAUCGGAUCCCACAGAAAGCAUGGAGUCUCUUGUCUAAUUGGAAACCUGAAAAGGCACUUAAUUUGUAGAACUUCUGAAGACUGAGCGAACUUUUUUGAGGCCUUUUUUGCCAGACUCUAGGUUAUACAAUAACCCAAUUACUUUUUUACACUGAUAAAAGUUUUGAUAUUUAUUUUUUGCCAUUUUAUGUCUUAAUGGUAUCCUACUGAGCAUUUGCACCUCUGUUUAUUUCACACAGUGAAACGCAAUUUUAUCUAGUUUGCACUAUAUGAUCAGUGUUACUGCCUAUAAUCUUCUAAUACAAAACAAGCCCUGAUGUGACAUUCCAUGACAACAAACAUGCUUUUUCUGUUUUGUUUAAAUGCAGUGAAGUUUUGCUAAACUACAGUGACCCUUGAAUUUUAAAUCUUGAAUGCUAGGCCAGAUGGAUUCUUUCUACAACAGAUACUGUACCCCUUCAUUCCAUAUUUAUUAUUUUAAUUAUCAUGUCACAGUUUUGGUAAUGGUAUUCUGCAUUCCAGUGGAGUGGAUGAGCAGCGUUCAUCCUUCUUGACAAAAUGUGGCAGGUGAUUAUUAGCUACAGUGAAGGUGUAAUAGCCUUGUGGAGCAGAAACAAUUAUUUCUGUAUUGUUUCACGUUACUGUUUUGUACACUUACAGACCUAAGACUUGCUUCACAUGGAAUAGAAAAUUACCUACAAUAUAAUUAUAAAUUAGAUGCAAUUGAUGUGUGGGACGCAGUGGUAGGUUUUGAUUUUACAGUCUCAAAGUUUCUCCAUUUAUGCAGAAAAAUGCCAGUUUUUGCUUUUAGCCAGCCCUGCGAUGGGAAAGUAUUUUGGUUUGAUUUUCAUCAGAGCCGAUACAGUAAGAAAUCUUCUACAGCCCCAAAUCAGACCUGUUGUCAGAUAUACUGAAGGUAGCAAUAUUUUACAUUACUAAGCUAUUCAAUAUUUUAAACACAUUAAUUUCCUUACUAUUUCUUGAAUAUGACCUCACACCUAAUGGUAUGUUACAUGAUGACAGGCGUUUCUUAAUUUCAUAACUGUUAGAUGCCAUUUUUACAGGUGUGUAAUUUUCAUACUUUAGUGCUAAAACAUAAAGUACUGAUCCAUAUUUACUGGUGAAGCAAACUAAUAAAAAAACUACCUAUAAAGUUA